AUGGAGGUGGUCAGUGAUUGGUGAGUUUGACCUAUUUCGUUAUCUUCAUACAAAUAACAUUUUCAGUUCUGAUGAAGACAUGAAAAUUGAAGAAUUCGAACUUCCUGAUUUCACAUCUCCAUGUGCGCAAUUCGCCUGUUUCCAGUUCGCUGACGAUUCGGGGAUCGUCACGAAAUCCGCAGAAGUACCAAGCAGCGAUUCAAGCGAUGAAGAUUAUCAACAUUUAAAUAUUGAGUAGGAUCAACAUAUAAAGAUUUUGUUUUAAAUUCGCGAUCUUUUCAGAAAACGACGAAAAAUGAUCUAUGCCAGCCGAAACGAGAAGAUAAAGGGAAACAUUGGGAAAAAACGAUACAGAUGGGAAGAAAAUACAAAAUCGGCUGAAACGACGAGGUUGAAAAUUUUCAUGCUCACAAUUCAAUUUUUUUUUUCAGACCGAAACGGAAUAAAACUGCUCAUCGCUCUCACAGCCCAGCAGUCUAG